GCGGGGGCGGUGGGCUGGCGGCGCGGCUCUCGCGAGAGCGGCGCUGGGCCGAGCGCGGCGCGCGGCGCGGCUCGGGGCGCGGGGGGGGGGCGCCGAGCGCGAGGCGGCGGCGGCGACGAGCGGCGCCAUGUUCCGGGCGGUUGGGGUGCAGCGCGUGAGGCGGGCGGCAUCGCUGCUUCGGCGGUUUCAGAGUACGUUAGUCAUAGCAGAACACAACAAUGAGUCUCUUACGCCCAUUACACUAAACGUUCUCACCGCGGCAAAACGUCUCGGAGGGGAAGUUUCUUGUUUAGUAGCUGGUACCAGCUGUGACAAGGUAGCACAAGAAGUGAGCAAAGUGCAGGGUGUUGCAAAAGUUCUAGUGGCUCAGCACGAUGCAUACAAAGGAUUUCUACCAGAGGAGCUGACUCCCUUGAUUUUGGCAACUCAGAAACAAUUUAAUUACACGCACAUUUGCGCUGGAGCCUCUGCCUUUGGGAAGAAUCUUAUUCCCAGAGUGGCAGCUAAACUUGAUGUUGCUCCUGUUUCUGACAUUAUUGAAAUUAAGUCACCAGACACUUUUGUGAGAACUAUCUAUGCAGGGAAUAUUGUUUGCACUGUGAAAUGUGAGGAAAACGUUAAAGUAUUUUCUGUACGGGGAACUUCUUUUGAGGCUGCACCAGUAAGUGGUGGUAGUGCCAGUUUGGAAAAGGUAACGCCUCCACCUCCUGUUGGUCUAUCUGAGUGGAUUGAGCAGAAGUUGACAAAAAGCGAUCGACCAGAGCUUACUAGUGCAAAAGUGGUUGUAUCGGGCGGGCGAGGUUUAAAGAGCGGUGAAAAUUUUAAGUUGUUAUAUGAUCUUGCGGAUCAAUUGCAUGCUGCAGUUGGAGCUUCCCGUGCAGCUGUCGAUGCUGGCUUUGUUCCUAAUGACAUGCAAGUUGGACAGACGGGCAAAAUAGUAGCACCAGAACUUUAUAUUGCUGUGGGAAUAUCUGGAGCAAUCCAACACUUGGCUGGGAUGAAAGACAGCAAGGAGAUGUAACUUGUAGAAGUUGUGCUGUGGGCAAGGUCACGCUUUUGUUCCUUACCACUGGAAGUCUCGGUCAGACGAUGAGGUGGAGAACCAGGUCUUAUUAAAAAGUUGCUGUAGUUAAUGGAGACAGUUAGAGGAAGAAUUAGGCUGCCGGAGUCAAGCUGAGGAUUGGGGUUUUUCAGGCAAGUGGUGCUGCUUGUUCUUGUGACCGUGACAGAUGACGGCGUUUCUUAGGGCGCCCUACGGGGAGCCCCGAGAGGGCGCGUGAGCUGUGCUGCUGGCUGAAGGCGUCCUUCAUGGGGUGCACGCGAGCAGGACCGCGCUCGCCCCGCCUGCGCCAGCCCGGAGCAGAGGCCUGGACACCCUCCGACGGCCGUCCGCCUCUCGCAGGGCGUUUCUGGGGCGGGAGCGGGCGCCUGUUGUGCCGCAGAGAGAGGCGGCCGCUCGUUCGGCCUCCCUCGGGGCGGUCCCGCAGCCUCAGGGAGAGCGCGGGCGGCUUGGUGCCCGCCGGUGCGCUGCCGGGUGAGCGCGUAGGGCCCUCACGGAGGGCGGUUUCACCGAGUUACUACCUGGAGGCCUCGCAGCCUGGAUUUCACUUUCUGGGCUGCAGCGACGGCGGUAGGAGGCUUGCGUUUGCAAACGGGGCAGCUGAAAUAAAAGCAAAAAAAGACGCUGGGGACACUGUUUCAGCGGUGUGGCUGGACCGGGUGUAGCUCGUGGCUCGGAGGCGGCGGAGAGGGCAGCAGCAGGGCACUGCUGUAGGUCCGUCCCCCUUACAUCGAUGCUGGUCCUUACGGGGAGUCACAGCAUACAAAUAACCUGUGAAGAGAAAACAUUUCUGUGGGCUUGAAAACACAGGAUUUGCUAACUUAUUUGAGUUAUUGCCACUAGACAUAUGCUACCAAACCAUCAAUUGUGUGGCGUGAGUAAAACAGAAACGUGACCGGUGGCUUCUUGGGAAUGGCAGACGAGUGACCGAGGUAACCAGCGGGUUAGGGCUUUGCUGAGGCAUCGUGGUGCCGCAAAUCAGCGCACAAAGCGGCAGCAAUUAGGCGCAAAGACAGUACUGGAGCACGGUGGUUUAUGCCUGCGUGGUGCAAGGCCUGUUUUAUGAGCUGUUACUGCAUUUUUUUGGGCCUUUAUGGCCCUCUCCUCAGCCUGUUUUGGCCUUUGAUGUGGACACCCACAGGUAUUUUGCUGGCAGCUCUUGCAGGUGUUCACGAAAUGGUAUGAUUUACCUGUAUGGAAGAGCUAAAAUCAAGACAGGCAUUUUUGUGGCUGCUGUGUUGGGAUUUAGAGCACAUGCAUUUUUUUUUUUCCUACUGCGUGAUAAAAUAAAUUACAUAGCCCAUAGUAAUUACAGGGGCCUUUAGGCAUGGCUUUAUUUUUCCUUGAAUGCUAGCUCUGAUUUAUUUCUGUAAUGUUAUGACUUCGCUCUUGCAGCUAAUGCUUUGUCGUAGGGUGCCCCCCCCCCCAAAAAAAAAAAAAAAAAACAAAACCACAUACUUUUCCGCAUGGAAGGCUAGGCCAGGCCUGAGCUAUGCUAUGAGCAGGGAACGGCCCUUUUGAGAAAUUGAUGUUUUCAUUAGUGUUAUGAAUGCUUGGCUCAGUUUUGGCUAUGUCCUUGAUGGUUUGGGUUUUUUUGUUGUUGUUUUUUGGGGUGUGUUUUUUUUGGCUGGGGGGGGGGGGUUGUUUUUUUUGAGGUGGAAAGGAAAAGAGUGUGUGGUCGCUGCUCCCAGUGGCUAGGUGAGCCCGUGUACGUUUCCUGGCUGAGGCCUGCCUCUGUAAGCCACCCUCUACAUUAACCGCCGCAUACUGACGUGGGCCGCUGGUGUCCCUUGCAGACCAUCGUGGCUAUUAACAAGGAUCCCGAUGCGCC